CACCUGGCAGGACUUGAUCCAAGACCUCCCGGCCUGGAUCAAGCCCUGGAUUCCCCCACAACCCCCUAAUAAGGGCCCCCAUGGGCCCUCCAAGGUUCUUUUUGCAGAAUCGGAGAAAAAGACAACAUCACGGAUCUACCCGGAGACCCAGCCCAAUCUCCUCCUCCUGGACCCACCUCCACCCUAUCCACCUGUUCAGCCGCCCACUGCACCCCCAGCCCUCCCUGAGUUGGGCCAUCAAGGGGGCCCCGCUGCAGGAACCAGAAGUAGGAGGGCUCUUUCCCCAGACACUGCCACUGCCCUCCCACUCAGAGCUCUGGGACCCCCCCAUUCCAGGGCCAGGAGAAGACCCUACGCAUGUACCCCUACAGCCUCUUCAGUACUGGCCUUUCUCAUCAGCAGACUUAUAUAACUGGAAGGCCAAUCACCCCCCUUUCUCUGAGGAUCCCUCCAAAUUAACCACUCUGAUGGAAUCCCUAGUUUUCUCUCACCAGCCGACUUGGGAUGACUGCCAACAGUUGCUGCAGACUCUUUUCACGACCGAGGAAAGGGAACGCAUUCUCCUCGAGGCUAGGAAAAAUGUCCCUGGAGACGAUGGACGUCCUACACAACUCCAGAAUGUUAUAGAUGAUGGGUUCCCCUUGACCAGACCCGGAUGGGACUUCAAUACCCCUGACGGUAGGGAGCAUCUGUGUGUCUAUGGCCAGGCUCUGGUGGCUGGUCUCCGAGGGGCUGCAAGACGCCCCACCAAUUUGGCCAAGGUAAGAGAGGUUCUACAGGGACCCAAUGAGCUCCCCUCAAUAUUCCUCGAACACCUCUUGGAGGCAUAUCGUAGAUAUACACCAUUCGACCCAAUGGCAGAGGAACAGAGGGCAUCAGUAUUAAUGAGUUUUGUGGAUCAGUCUGCAUCAGACAUCAGGAGGUGGCCAGAAUAUUGGGGAUUAAUUGGAAAUUACAUUGUGCUUAUAGACCCCAAAGUUCAGGACAAGUAGAAAGAAUGAAUAGAACCUUAAAAGAGACCAUAACUAAAUUGUCCUUGGAGACUGGCCAUACUGACUGGACAAUGCUCCUACCUCGGGCUCUCUUUAGAGUCUGGAAUACCCCCUACAAGUUUGACCUCACCCAUUUUGAGAUUUUAUUUGGGGUCCCCACCCCCUUAAGUCAAUUGCUGACACCCAAACAUCCAAACACCAUUCCUAACUCUGAUCUUAAUGCCAGGUUGCAGGCCUUACACCUCCUUCAAUCUGAAUUGUGGCCACAGAUAAAGGAGGCCUGUUCUCCAGCCAAGGAACCAGCACCUCACCGGUACCAGGUGGGGGACUCUGUUUACGUGAGACGCCACCGUUCUACCAGUUUGGAACCGUGGUGGAAGGGACCCUUCAUUGUGUUGCUGACAACACCCACAGCCAUAAAGGUUGAUGGAAUCGCAGCUUGGAUUCAUGCGUCGCACGUCAAGCCAGCUCCACCAGAGACCACAACAUGGAAACUGGAAAAGACUGCAGGAUUAGACUCCUGGGACACCCCUUACCAAAACCUGAGGAGGACCAUCACAUGGAAAGACGGGCCAUAAUGCGAGGGUACUUCACCCCACAGGGCAUACAGGUAUCUGACCAGCCCGGUUGUAGCAAUGUACAGGCCCUACAAAAACUCAGAGAACUCCCUUUCUAUGCAUGCCCCCAAGAGGCUAAAAGAAAAAAUUGUGGGGGCAAAGAACAUUACUAUUGCAAAGAAUGGGGAUGUGAGACCACUGGGGAUGCUUAUUGGAAUCCCUCUUCUAGUUGGGAUCUUAUUAUAAUAAAAAGGGGCCCUUAUACACAUGAAUUUGGAAGAGGGCCAAUCCCCCUUAAUAUCACAUUCACAAAUACAGGGAAAGAUUCCCGGACUUGGCUAAAAGGAAAUACGUGGGGCCUCAGAUUCUAUAUGAGUGGACCAGAUAAAGGGUUAUUCUUCACUAUUAGACUAAUAAUUAGAAGUCCAGACCCAACCCUAGUGGGACCCAACUCCCUACUACAGAAACCCCCUGUCGCAGCUCCCAAACCUCCACCCCAGCUCCACCCCACUACCUUCCCCACGAACCCUAGACCUACCAACCCCCCCCCCCCGACCGGACUAACACCCCUAGGCCUCAACCGGUGCCCCUACUCGCCAUGAUUCAGAAGGCUUUUGCUCUCUUAAAUGCUACUCGGCCGGAAAUGACCACCCACUGUUGGCUUUGCUAUGACGUGGCUCCCCCUUACUAUGAGGCUAUUGCCUGGGCCCUUCCUUACGCGAACUUCACUGUUACUACUGAGAUAGGUCAAUAUCAACUCCCCCCUAGACUAACAUUAGCUGCAGUAUCAGGGAAAGGACUCUGUAUAGGCACAGUGCCACCUUCUCAGGCUCAUCUCUGUAAUUCUACUCAUGUUCCUGAAUCUUAUAUAGGGUACCUAAAGCCCCCUCAGGGAGCAUGGUGGGCCUGCGGUACCGGCUUGACCUCUAUACUCUAUCCCUUGCUGUCCUAAGCCAGGCCCAGGACUAUUGUAUCCUAGUACAGCUCCUCCCUAGACUCAUUUAUCACCCAGACUUCGACUUCCUAGAUGUCAUACAGGGGCAGACUAAGUUUCGGAGAGAACCACUUUCCCUCACCCUAGCAGUCUUACUGGGUCUCAGGACCGCCACCGGAAUUGGAACAGGUAUUACUGCCCUAGCUACCCAAGAUUCAAAAUUGGCAGACUUACAAGGUAUUAUAGCUCAGGAUAUACAGGUCCUACAAGAUUCUAUCUCCAAAUUAGAAGAGUCACUAAUUUCCUUAUCCGAGGUGGUCUUACAGAAUAGAAGAGGUCUAGAUUUACUGUUCCUUAAGGAAGGGGGACUCUGUGUGGCCUUAAAGGAAGAAUGUUGCUUCUAUGUAGACCACUCGGGUGUUAUCAAAGACUCACUGAGAAAACUCAGAGAGAGACUAGAUGCCAGAAAUUGGGAAAGAAAACAAAGUCAGGGAUGGUUUGAAUCAUGGUUUAAUAGGUCCCCCUGGUUGACUACUCUGAUAUCCACCCUAUUAGGACCACUCCUCCUCCUCCUCCUCCUCCUCCUAACGUUUGGGCCCUGCAUUUUAAACCGUCUGGUAACGUUCAUCAGGGAGAGAAUUAACACAGUCCAAGUACUGGUUCUCCGUCAGCGAUAUCAGCUAGUAGGGGAAUCAGAAAUCUAAAAUUCCAUGAUUGGAAUUAUGCCCAAGAAAAAGGGGGGAAUGUGAGGUUAAAAAAAAAAAGGACCAUUACCAUGCUAACCUGCUUUCUCAGCUUUUGUAACGUUGCUUGCUUGUCUCAAAUUGUCUGGUUAGCCCCUGCCCCGAGAACCUAACCGACCUGUUGUUGUUCUUGAACCUUGCUCCAUUGCCUAGUUCUCGAACCUGUCUCUGUUUCCUGGAACCCAGGAAGCCACCAUCCUGCCUGAGGUCACUUUUGGCCUAGUCAAGCAAUGCCACGUGGACUCCACCAAUCAGAAUCCACUCUAUAUGGAAAGUCCCUUGAGCAAGACCCCCUCCCUAGCUCUGUGGUUUUUCCCUAUAUAAACCCUGUAAAGUUGCUAUUCGGAGCUUUUCACCCCUCCUGCGUGAGGACUCUGUGUUGAGCCCCCGUGCACCGGUACCUCAAUAAACACUUCUUGCUGCAUUGCAUCGAGAAGCGUCAGUGUCA